CCAGUCGGGGCGCGUGCUGGCGCUGCGCCUGCGCGCCGCGCUGCCGCCGCAGGCCACGCAGCUGCACGCGCACCGCGCCGCCAUCGCCGACAUCCACGUGUGCGCGCGCGCCGGCCUGAUCGCCACGGCCGACGUCGACGGGCUGGUCGUGCUGUGGGACCUCAACAGUCUGGCGUACGUCCGCACGCUGCCGAACCGCGACAUGCUGGCGGUGACCCACGUGACCAUCAGCGAGACGCUGUGCGACGUGGCGACGGUGCACGACGCGCGGCGGCCGCCCGCCGCCGCCGCCGCCGCGCCCGCGGCUGCGCCCACGCCCGCCGCCGACGACGACGGCGACAGCUACGAGAAAGACGCCACCUACAAGUACAAGUCGCUCAUCCGAGUGCACACGUGCAACGCGCGCUUCGUGGGCAGCGUGAAGGUGGCGGAGCGCGUGACGUGCGUGUGCUACUCCAGCGCGCCGGAGGGCAUCAGCGUCAACUGCGUGGCGGCGGGGCUGGCCUCGGGCGCCGUGCGGCUGUACUCCUCGUGGGACCUGCGCAGGGUGGCCUUCAUCCCGCCGCUGGACCGGCGCGUGCCGCUGCUCAGCCUGACGUACAGCAGCGACUCGUCGCUCCUGUUCGGCUGCUACGCCGACGGCUGGUGCGCGGCGUGGGAGAGCGGCGCGGCGGGCAAGCCGGCGCCCGUGCGGAUGCUGCCUGCGCACGCGCUGCUCUGACGCGCGCCGCGGGCGCCUGCCACCUCCGGGGGCGUCGGCCGCUGUCGAGGGUGCGAACGAAAACGACAGAAACUCCAUUCUUUGCGAAUUAAACGGACUGACUUUGUCGCGUGGCGCUCGUUUUACGAACAAAUCGAUGUUAAAACUUAAACGUCGCGCCGCGCUUAAGCGUUACUAUAAGAAAUAUUUUUUUAUGUAGGUAGCAGUACUAAGCUAUAUUUUUCAGAAAAUAUAUUUGUUGAAAUACAUCAUGCGUGUUAUGUUUUCCUAUGAUACCACAUGUGUAAUUAAGAUACCACAACUUAAAAGACCAUAUUUUUUCACAUACCGUUAAUUUGAAUCUACUACAUUAUUCUCUAUUUACGUUCUAUGAGAAUUCAAAUUGUACACCGCGUCGAUAUUACACUCCACAUACAAGUACGCGUCAGCGUCGCACUUUACAUAGAAAUACAAAGCACGACUCUGUCGAUAUUUUUAUAUGUAUUUUAUUAACAAUUUUACUUUUAUUACUGUGGUAAGUAGAUAUUUAAAAAUUUUG